CUUCCCUCCCUCACCCCCCUCCCUCCGCUUCCCCCUCUUUUCUGUGCCCUGCUCCCCUCUCCAGUUCGGUCCGCUCCCAGCCCCGUAUCCCUCCUCCUCUCUUUCUCUCCCCCCUCAUUGCACUGCAAGGAGCACGCGCGACAUCCCCCCUCUCCCCUCGCAGAUCUCGCUUCCGGCCGCCACCAUGUCCUCCAACAUGAUUCGCAAGCGGGUGGACAACCGCGUCCGCACGCUCAUCGAGAAUGGCGUGCACACGCGCCAGCGUACGCUGGUGGUCAUGCUCGGCGAUAAGGGCCGUGACCAGGUGGUCAACCUGCAUUACAUGCUGUCCAAGGCGUCUGUGCGCCAGCGCCCGUCGGUCCUUUGGUGCUACAAGAAGGAGCUCGGCUUCAGCAGCCAUCGCCAGAAGCGCAUGCGCCAGAUGAAGAAGCUGGCGCAGCGCGGCCUGCUGGACCCGGACCGCGAGGACCCGUUCGAGCUCUUCGUCACCUCGACCAACAUCCGCUACUGCUACUACAAGGAGUCGCACAAGGUCCUUGGUAACACCUACGGCAUGUGCGUGCUGCAGGACUUCGAGGCCCUGACGCCGAACAUCCUGGCCCGUACCAUCGAGACAGUCGAGGGGGGCGGCAUCAUUGUCCUGCUGCUCAAGACCAUGGACUCGCUCCGUCAGCUGGUCACCAUGAGCAUGGACGUUCACUCCCGCUAUCGCACCGAGGCCCAUCAGGAUGUUGUCGCGCGCUUCAACGAGCGCUUCCUGCUCUCCCUGUCGAAGUGCAGCAACUGCAUGGUCCUGGACGAUGAGUUGAACCUUCUGCCGAUUUCCAGCCAUCUGAAUGGCCUGGUGGCUGUGCCGGCCCCGGACUCUGAGGCCCACCGCAAGCUGGAUCCGGAGCUGGAGGCUCUGCAAGAGUCCCUGGCUGACGUCCAGCCGGUCGGUGCUCUGGUCAAGGGUGCUCGGACCGUGGAUCAGGCCAAGGCCAUCCUCGCCUUCACCGAGGCCGUCUCUGAGAAGACCCUGCGCACCACGGUGUCCCUGACUGCCGGGCGUGGUCGAGGCAAGUCUGCUUCCUUGGGUCUGGCUAUGGCCGCUGCUGUGGCCUACGGUUAUUCCAACAUCUUCGUGACCUCCCCCUCGCCGGAGAACCUGAAGACCCUCUUCGAGUUUGUCUUCAAGGGCUUUGACCUGCUGGGCUACGAGGAGCACAUUGACUACGACAUUGUCCAGUCAACCAACCCCGAUUUCAACAAGGCCGUGGUCCGUGUGAACAUUUUCCGCGAGCACCGGCAGACUAUCCAGUACAUCCAGCCUCAGGACGCCCAUGUUCUCGGCCAAGCGGAGCUGGUGGUCAUCGAUGAGGCGGCGGCCAUUCCUCUGCCGCUUGUGCGCGCCCUGAUGGGACCGUAUCUGGUGUUCCUGGCGUCCACCAUCAACGGUUAUGAGGGCACCGGUCGGUCGCUUUCGCUGAAGCUCCUGCAGCAGCUGCGCGAGCAGAGCGUCUCGGCCAAGGCCGACACCGCGGCAUCGACCGCCCAGCUGGCCACAUCGCGCUCGCUCCGCGAGAUUAAGCUCGAGGAGCCCAUCCGUUAUGCGGCCGGCGAUCCGAUUGAGAAGUGGCUGAAUGACAUUCUCUGCCUGGAUUGCACUUCGGUCCCGCGUCUGUCCACGGGCUGCCCGCACCCCAGCGAGUGUGAGCUCUACUUCGUCGAGCGCGACACCCUCUUUUCCUUCCACCCGGCGGCCGAGUCCUUCCUUCAGCGCCUGGUGGCUCUGUAUGUGGCGUCGCAUUACAAGAACUCGCCGAACGACUUGCAGCUCCUGUCCGACGCCCCGGCGCACAACAUCUUUGUUCUGCUGGCCCCGGUGGAUCCGGGCUCCGGCGAUCUGCCGGAGAUCCUGGCUGUGGUGCAGGUGGCCCUGGAGGGCGCCAUUUCCCGUGAGUCCAUGGCUCAUAGCCUGGCUCGUGGGGAGCGCCUGUCCGGUGAUCUGAUCCCCUGGACCAUUGCGCAGCAGUUCCAGGAGUCCGACUUCGGGAGCAUGUCUGGCGCUCGCGUGGUCCGCAUCGCCACGCAUCCGGAUUACCAAAACAUGGGUUAUGGCUCUCGCGCGUUGAACCUCCUGCGCGAGUACUACGAGGGCAAGUUCCCGGACAUGAGCUCCACUGUGAGCCAGAAGCCCACUUCGCGCACCUCGCUCGCGGAUGAGAUCAGUUCCUCGGAUACUCUCCAGACGGAAGUCAUCCGUCCUCGUAAGAACCUCCCUCCUCUCCUGCGCAAGCUGACGGAGCGCACCCCGGAGCGCAUCCAUUACCUGGGUGUGUCCUUCGGCCUCACUGCCCAGCUUCACAAGUUCUGGAAGCGCGCCACCUUUGUGCCUGUCUACCUGCGUCAGACUCCCAACGAUCUCACUGGCGAGCACACCUGCAUCAUGCUGUCGCAGCUGAACCGCGCGGAUCCGAUCACCAGCCUGUCCAACAGCUGGCUGAGCGAGUUCUGGACCGACUUCUCGCGGCGCUUUACCACCCUGCUGUCGUACCAGUUCCGCAACUUCUCGCCUGCCCUGGCCAUGGACUUGCUGAACAACACCCACGUGUCCAAGGUCCUGGCUACUUCCAGCGCCGGGGUCCCCCUGCCGAACACUGGGCGCCUGUGUCGCGAGCAGAUGCUGGCCGUCCUGAGUCCGUAUGAUCUGAAGCGCCUGGACGCGUAUUCGCGCAAUCUGGUUGACUACCACAUGAUCCUGGACCUGGUGCCGGCCAUGACGAUGCACCUGUUCACCGGGCAGCUGGCGGCCGAGGCGCCUGCCAGCGAGGCCGGGCCCGCUCCGCCGGCGGCUGUGAACCUCUCGCCGGUCCAGUCGGCCGUCAUGCUGGCUCUUGGCCUGCAGCGGAAGUCGGUCGAGCAGCUGGAGAAGGACCUCAGCCUGUCGGUGUCGCAGGUGUUGGCCCUCUUCAACAAGAGCGUGCGCAAGAUCGCCAAGUACUACGCCGAUCUGAAUGCCCAGGCGUACGAGUCGACCAUGCCGCGCUUGGCGGCUGUCACUUCGGCCGGGGACCUGGGCACCGGUGCCGCUGGCACUGGUCCGCGGGAUGCCAGCAAGUCGGCUGCCUGGUCGGCGGUCGGGCAGUCUCUGACUGACGACCUGACCGAUGCUGCCCGGGAGGAACUUCGCGCCGAGCAGCGUCGUGUCUUCAAGUCCAUGGAUGUCAGCAAGUUUGCCCUGCCUCAGGAUGAGGAGGCCUGGGCGGCCUCGCUGGCUGAGGGGGCCUCGGCUCUUGUCGAUGGUGCGUCGCUGUCUGUGGCCAACCCGGACAGUGUGCGGGCCCGGCGCCUGAAGGGGUCCGGUGCGGAGGCGGACGCCGGGGCCACCGGCGCCGCGCCCUCGCCGGCUGCUGGUGCCAAGAAGCGCAAGGCCUCCUCCACCGGGGCCGGCGACGGCAAGAAGAAGUCCCGCAAGUAGAGGGACGCCACAUGUGUGACCAUGUGUGUUAAACUUGCUGCGGGGGGGGGGAGUCAGCAAAUUGUGGAGCCCUUCCCGGCUUUUGUCCCCUAGCCCUGUCCAGCAAAACCCACACUUGGGAAGUCUUCCCUCCAUGUGUUUCUCUCUCUCUCUCUCUCUCUC